GUAUCACUUACCAUUCACCUUUUUAGUUCAUAUCUUAGACUUGUUGAAAGAAACAAAAAAGUAACUCACUGUCUGCAGCUUCUUUUAUUCCUUACCUUUAAAGAAUUCCAAUUCUGUGAUUAUUUCUGUCAACCUUUUUGUUCAUUCUCUUUUAGAAAAGUCUAAAAUCUCUUUGGAUUUUAACCCUGUUCUUGAAAAUGAAGCAAGUUCUUCUACUUCUUCUUUUACUAUUAUCCACUUUAGUCUAUGAAGUACAAGGUAGACACUUGAAGAAGGGGAAUCUCUCAUCAUCCAAGAAUCCCAUAUUACAGCAGGAAAAUGUUUUGAAAGAAAGAAGUGAAGGAGGUACUGGAGAAGACAUUCUUUGCAAAGAUGGCCAUUGUUCAUCAUCAGGAAGAAAUAGGAAACUUAUGACAAAAACAACCUCUACUUCUACUCCUACCACAACUUCAACAAAGAAUAUCAUGAAUAAUGAAGGCAAUAAAGGUGAUCACACAGUAUUGAAAGGCCAAUCAAGUAGUGAAAGGGUAAUAGGUGGAAAAGAAGAAAAUUUCUCCGUCAAUUCGUCGCCGGAAACCGGUCACCGGAAAACAUCUUCCGAGCACUACCCUGACGUACUAGACUUGGCCGGAAUGGAUUAUUCCCCGGCAAAGAGAAAACCUCCAAUUCACAACUAAGAGAUGAUCAAAUAGACGAAGAAGUUGGAAAAUAUUUGUAGUAACUUAAUUAAACUAGAUAAAGAUUUUGAAGUGGAGACAGCAUACAGAAAUGCUGCCCUUCUUUUAGGUUUAGGAAGAUUUUGUACAUAAAAUAUUGUCAUUACUUAUAUAUUAUUAGUUGAUGAUUGAGUCAUAAUCACUUCAUGAUCAAUGGCUAAGUAGCCUUUGUAACCUAUAAAAUAAUAGUACAAAGUACCAAUAAUAACGAUUUAUGGCAAAUAUUGAGC